AAAAAAAUAUAUUAUGGACAACUUUUCAUGCUGAACAACAUAUUAAAAAAUUGGGAUGGCAUUAUCUCGUAAAGUCGAUUUGAAAAAAUUGAAAGUUUGCUAAAAAAGUGCGAUUUUUUUAUUCAAAACAUGAAAAAGCGUUUUGAUUGGUAAAGUUGGCUCAUUUGACCACUAUUUUCCCUUAUCCAUUGAAAAAGUUGGAAAACUGCUUUAAAAUGAACUCAUUCACAAAAAAAUCAAAAUUCGAAAAAAUUCAAUUUCCAAUUCCAAACAUCAAAAAAAGUUUAAAUUCAUUCUGUUGUCUUAUUUUGACGUCUUUCUGACGUAUUUCAUGAAAAAGUUGAUACAAAGUACACUCGGAGCAAAAAAAUUGAAAUUUGUUUAUUUUUUGAAUCUUUUCAAGUUUUGAUUUUUUUUGUGAUGAAUUCAUUUCAUCGAGUGAAAGGGUUUUUUCACAUUUCUAAGGAAUAUUCGUCGAGGUUUGCUUAAAAAUUGUUCUUAUUAGACUAAUAUUUGGAACAGAAGGGGGAAAGAGGUUCUUCCUAGUUCCUUGGUGGGGUUGAAUGAGGAAAUGAGCAAUAAAUGCGACUUUUUUGGAAACAAAUUUUCAUUUUGAACUUUUGUUGCCUGAACAAACUUUGCUCUAUUGUUGCAACUUUCCUUUUAAAAUUUAAAAAAAAAAUCAAUUUUGAUGAUUUUUUUAAAGAUGUUUAUCGAAGAUUGCUUCGAAUGAAAUUUAAACUAUGUAGGUAGUAGGUACUAGGUACCUCCCAAAAGAACGAUGUUUAUCAUCUGUCGAAGUGUAGUCUUUUCAAUAAUGAUCUUGUUGAACUGAAUUUGCGAGUAUCAUGUAAUGACAUGAUUCGGCCACUCUACGUUUAAUUUUAUCUCUUCAACAGUCUCAACCAUUCAUUUUUAUUCAGCCACUAGCAAAUUAUCUUCCUUCGAAUAGGCAGGGAGUUGCACAGUUGCACACAUUGUACGCAAAUGUUACGAUUUUUGUACUCAUUUUGAGUAAAUAUUUCGCUUCGGUUUGGUGCGAUGCUUGUUGAUUUAUUAUAAAAGUUAAUUUGAGUAUUCAAAAUGGUUCGAUAUUUCACCAGAGUAUACGGUGGAAUAGCUCCAGGUUAUACACAGCGUGUAUUAGACAAGAAUAAGAAUGCAGAUGGGACGAACCCUACCACUAUCUUCGCGAUCGUUGCAAAAGCCGCAUCCCAUCCAACUACGUCCACCAUGGUCAACAGUGCCAUCAGAAUACUCAAUAAACGCAAUGGUUCUUCGCAUCGAGAUAUCAAGAACUGGAUCAGAAAAAGCGGUGUUUUGAUUCAAGUUAAAGGUGCAGGCGCUCGUGGUAAUUUCAAAUUACCCCUCGCGUCGAUUUCGAACCCCAAAACAACGCGUGCUGCGAAGGUAACGACUGCUACUCCUAAGACCAAACCAGCUCCACCGAAGAAAGGAAAAUCGUUAGAUAAAGUAAUUCCUCCCAAAAGAACCACUACUGUUACGAGUACGAUCGAGACACCUGUAUCAAGUUCAACCAGAUCGAAAAAAUCUUCCGGUGAAGUUAUACCAACCAAAAGCUCUGUUGAGACGAAAACGAAAGUUUUUAAGAAAAUGGCUUCUGCUAAGAGAACGACCGAAACACCUACGAGUGUACGAUUAACCAGAUCUAAAACAUCGUCCAGUUUCAAACCUAUCAAAUCUGUUGAGACGAAAGCAAAUUUUAAGAAAACCACUCCAGCUAAGAGUACGACUAAGACAUCUGUAAGAAUUGAACGAAGAAGAUCUCCGCGUAUAAUCAACGCUAUUAAAGUCUCUACCAAUAAUAAGGAGAUGAAAUCAUCGUCGAAGAAAGUAACUCGACCUGAAAGAGUCACUAGAAAUACCCCAGUAAAGAGGGCACCUUUCCGUCAACGAUAAUUUGGCUGAGGAAUCGAAGAUAAUGAUGAAUGAAUGAGUCGAGAAAACUGUCACUAAGAAUAAUAAGUUCAACUUUAUUUUAAUUGGUAUUUGAAAAUUUCCACUGUUAAAAUCGGUAAUACCUACUUACCUACUCGUUUUGAGCUGCAUGACUUCAAGUCUUAUGAUUGUUGUUUGUUCGAGUUUGGAGUAUAAUUCGGUGAUCAAAAUUGUCAUGUUUUGUGGAAUUUUUACUAUUUUUUUUAGGAUUUUUAUGUUUUGUUGAAUUUUCUAGUCUGUUAUACUUUAAUUGGAUGUCAAUUAAUUCGAUAUAAAGUAGGCUACCUACUUAUCGUUAUAAGUUUAUCUUUGUUUUGACAUGUAUGAGAUUGAUAUCGAUUUUGUAACAUUGUAACCAGGGGUUAGUUUUAAUUAAGUUGUUAUUACUAGGUAGAACCUUAUUUUUAAUUUUUAAAUCAAUUGUUAGAUUGUAAGUUGUGAAAAGUGUUUUAGUAUGAUUAGAUUCUUGUGACAGA